UCAGCACAGUGACAUACGGAUGCCCGUGUGGCCACACUAAUUAUUGUCAGCGCUUGGGAGUGAAUGGACUCGCAGAGAAAUGCAACGUCCUGCCCUUCUACAUCUUGAAUAGUGGGAGUCAUGAACCGCUGCAAGGUGACACGUCCUCUGAUUUCAAGCGAAACUUCAACCUAACACACGCCGUGUUAUUAAUCACCAUCUGAGGCUCCGGCUCCUCUUCUUAUUGUCGGAGCUCGGGAUCGGGACCGUGUUGCGCAGUGGAACGGAGAGAGGAGCAAGCGGUGGUGGCGGCGGCGGCGGCGGCAGCAGCAGCGGCCACUCCGGGGAAUGUCGACUGGCCGUCAGUCUUGACAUCGGCCUCUUCUGAUCUCAGACACCAGCGUAAUGGGGUCCUUGUGUGGUCAGUGAGGUGUCCUGCAGUGCAGCAUGGCAGCGUGUCAGCUGAACAUCUGGGUGAGAUGAGUGUUGGCUGUAAGAAAUGUGAGCUCCACUGACGAAAAGGGCACAGCUAUUCUCCGUACCGGGCCUCCACCACAAUCACCAGCUAAUCAAAUGCUCCAAGACAGUAAACUGGCCAAUCAUGGCAAGCAGGGCACAGGUGACAGCCGAUCACAAAUACCGCCUGUGAACCAGCCGACUCGGCAGCAGGGACCUGCUGGCCACCUCGGCUCAAAGGGCGGCGGCGGGAGCCAUGGAAUCAAAACCAACCAGAUUUCCUCCGGCAACCCAGGGCUAAAGGCUGUUAGCCAAUCAGUGAACAGCACUGGAGGGAUGCUGAAAACCAAAUCCAAGCGGGAGCGGAGUGUCUCCAUUGAAUCUGUCGAAUCAAGAAAUGCCAUUUCUCAAGCCCUGGAGACGGAUGCCAAAGGUGAGGGUGUUAUGCGCAGUAAGCGACGCUGUGUUCUGGAGAAGAAACAGCCGUACAGUGGAGAUGAAUGGUGCUCUGGACCUGACACAGAAGAAGAUGAAGACAAGCCACAAACUACGACUCACCGGGAGCGUGGGCUUGCAGUUCCCAUCAAGGGCCACUCUGAUCGCCUGUCUUCAGUGCCCAUGUCUGAACCUGGGGGUCAUAUAAUGGGAUGUGGAAUGGGACCAGCACUGAAAGCAGAGCCGUCACAGUCUUCACAGCAAGUUGUGUAUGUUUUCACAACCAACCUAGCCAACAGUGCUGCCGAGGCAGUAAUGAAAGGACAGAGCGAUUCCAUUCUUCUGUUUCACCAGCAAAAUGUCCCACGCACCAAGUUGGAGCAGGGCCACCAAUCAGAGAAGCGUCUUAGCAUAUCUGAAAAGGUAAACUCAAGCAGCUCUCCGCCCACAAGCAUCUCGAAAUCCCAAAGUGGAACUCCACGGCCAGCCUCUGCUGGAGUUGGAGGCCCAUUGCAUCUUGCAGGGACACCAUCAUCAGCUGGUCACUCUGAUAAUGAAUCUUCUCAGAACAGACCAUCCAGCAGUGAUAGCAUAGCUGCCCGAAGGUCACAAGGAGGGAACACAGCUACAUCUGUAGGCCCGGUCCCAGAGACUGGAGAUGGAGAGACUGUUGCUGCGAUGCCCCAUCCUGGUUCCAGUGUUUCACCCUCACCAAGUCCCUCCAUCCUAUCUGCACACUUACAGGGUGAUAUAGGCCAGAGGAGUGGCCCAGGGAACACAGAUGGUCUUUCAAAAGAGCAGCUGGAACAUAGGGAACGCUCUUUGCAGACACUGAGAGACAUAGAGCGACUGCUUCUGCGCAGUGGGGCAAGUGGAUGUCCUGGUGACACAGGAGGCAACAUCAAUGCUACUAAUAACCCUUCCAACCUAAAUAAUAACAGUUCUGACAGGAGUGCUAUUGUUGAAGACAAUGACAAUGGUACUAAUAACUCUGGAAAUUGCAGUAGCAGCAAUAUGCUAUCAGUAGGCAUGGCUCAAGUGGGAGGAAUGAAGAAAUAUGAAGAACCCCUCCAGUCCAUUAUUUCUCAAACACAGUCCCUUGGUGGACCUGCCCUUGACAGCCCUCAGAUGGACUCUCUCCAUAACCUAUCACAACACUCCCAUCACCAAUUGUCCUCUCCUGGGGUUGAUAUGGGUCCCUUACUUGGACCAGAUGGACUGACCCCAGAGCAAGUGGCAUGGAGGAAACUUCAAGAGGAAUACUAUCAAGAGAAGAGACGACAACAGGAAAUGCAACCCCCAACACAUCCCCAGCACUUAAGAAUGGUGACUGAGAUGGGCAUACAUGGGAGUCCCAUGAUGAUGAGAGGACCCCCUCCUCCCUAUCACAGCAAGCCUGGAGACCAGCAGUGGGGUCCAGGCAAUAUAAUGGGAGGAAGAAUAAGUGGAAAUGCACGAAUGAUAGACAUGCACCAAGAGGGACCGCGUGGCCCAAGGUUCCUAGGGCAGAUGCAGAGAGGGCCACCUGGGGGAGGGGGGUUCCCUAAUAGUCCAGGCGGGGGAUUAUCAAUGGAGGGCCUUGGACCCCAAAGACCCCCCAGGCCAGGAAUGAUAUGGCUUGAUGAUGUAGGAGGUGAAAGCCCUUUUCAGAGCUGCUAUCCUGGUGGACCUCCUCAGCACUUACAGGGUGAACCAGAGCAUCUGUUAACACGUGAGGAGAUGUUUCGCAUAAUUGAGAAACGACAAAGGUUUGAACUUGACAGAUUAGCAAAACAGCAACAACAAGACAAUUUGGGCUCAAGAAUUAUGGAUAAUCCUGGUGGCCCAGACUUUUCCAACUUGGGAAUGGGCCGUGGCCCACCCUCUAAUCGAGGGGAUCCUAUAGAUUUUCCAGUCUCACGGGAGAUUAUGGGCUCUCCUGGAGUGGGCCCUCAGAUGAGAGACUUGGUGCAUUCCCCACUUGGGAGCAACAUCCCAAUGAACAUGAACCCCCAGAUGAAUGUUCAGCAACAACAGCAAAUGAUGCUGUCUCAGAAGUUCAGAGGAGGGCCUGUAGGAGGGGGUUCUUUAGGUGAGAUGUUUAGUCCUGGAGAUAUUUCACGAAUCAGGGCUUCACAGAAUGGACGAGGGGGACAUAAAGGCAUGAUUCCAGGACCUGAUGGCCCCUUCCAGUUUCACAAUCAAGGUCCCUUCUCUGGUGGACAGGUGGAAGGACCCUAUCUUCAACAGCAAGGCCGUGUAAUGUUUGGGUCUGACCACCAAGGUCUCAAUCAAAUAGGGGGUACAACACGGCUUAGUCACAUGCCAAUGACUGGAGGCCUCAGGGGAGCAGACCUUGGUCCUAGGCACCCCUCUGACCUUUCAAUCAGUGUCAAUCCCAUGACCUCUCCAUCAGUGCCUCCUCCUCAUCAGCUUAAGUCACCAUCCCUCAAUCAAGAGCCAUCUCCUCUCCUACCUUCUCCCUCUGCUCCAGGUCUGAAAUCACCCUCACAGAUCUCUGCAGGACACCAUCCCCCUCUUCCCCCUGCAUCUGGUGCAGGGACUCCGUCCUCUUCUUCCAUGAAAUCACCCCAGAUAAUGGGGUCUUCCAACAUUGGGUUACACUCUCCUUCUGCCUCUCCUGGGCGACUGAAGUCCCCUGCCAUGGCUGUGGGUUCUCCAGGGUGGGCAUCUCCUAAAACAGCGCUUCCAAGUCCAAGUGGUCCAACCAGUGGGAAAGUAGUGGGCAAUGGAGGGAGUAGUUCCACUGAAACUGGCCAAUCACUUCCACAAAGGAGUUCCAACUCAACCCCAAUUAGCCAGCCAGGCUCUAUGAAUCCUAGUAUGCCAUUUACAACUUCUCCUGAUGCCCCUACAUCUCAAAACCCUCUGUCCCUUAUCAUGUCACAGAUGUCCAAGUAUGCCAUGCCCAGUGCUACUCCUCUCUACCAUGAUGCAAUCAAAGCAAUUGCCACUUCCGACGAUGAGAUGCUGCCUGAUCGUCCACUUCUAUCUGGUGUCAGCAUUGGAGGAAACAUGGGGAAUCUCCAGGGCUCCCAGAUACUUGUUUCCCAAGGCUCCGUUGGCCCUCACAGUGAUCCACAAAGCCCUAUGGGUAUUAUAAAUCAAGGUCAACCACAUAUGUCACAUGAAGCCUCAGGACCUGUACUUUCUUCCCCAAACCAUAUGGGUAUACCUGCCAUGAAUUCUGCCAUGAUGGGGGGAGGUGCACCUGAUGGAAUGGGACCCUGCAAUAUUUCACCCAUAUCUCAAAACCAGAUGGCAGGUUUUCCUCGCAUGCACCCACCAUCUCAUGGGCCCAUGCACUCACCUAUCGGAGGAAUGGCACAGAAUUUCUCUCAGUCUAAUGAGGAUAGUCUGCCACCCCAGCAGUUACAUUUGCUUAGCAAAGGUCAUUCUCACCAACGCUCUUCUCAACACCCAGACUCAUUUGCCUCCUUGCCCAUGGGUGAGGGCCCAGAUCUGAGUGAAGUCAUACGACCCACUCACUCGGGGAUUCCUGAGUUUGAUCUCUCCCGCAUAAUUCCUUCUGAUAAACCUAGUAGCACUCUUCAGUAUUUCCCCAAGAGUGAGCAACAUCAGAAUCCACAUCAAGGGCCACCAUCCCAGCAACCAACUCAACAGCAGCUCCUUAAACAACUGUCGUCUUCUUGCCCUCCACACAGCAGUGGCCAUUCUUCCAACCCCCACUUAGCAAACUUACAGAAUAUGAUGGCUGAACAGCAGCUUCCUCCUCACCCUUCACAUGGUGGAAUACGCCAAAGCAUGGGUAUUCCUCAAGGGGGAUCUAGGGGUAUGGUUCCUGGUGGGGGCAUGGGCCCAAUGUGCCCCCCUGGACAUAUGAUGGGAAGGACAGGAAUGGGUCCUCAACAGCAGCUUCAGCAACAGCAAGCCAUGAUGGCCAAUAGCCUUCUCCACCACUCAUCCAAUCCAUAUCCUGGCAUGAUGUCCUCCCAGCAGCACCCACACAAUCUGAUGGCACAACAAAACAUAAUGAUGAUGCAGGCUAAGCAGCGAAGCAUGUCAAUGCCAGGGGAUCCGUUCGGGCCCCAGGGCCCUCUAAUGUCCCCUCAGGGUCCCAUGAUGGCCCCUCCCCAUCCACAGUCAGGUAUGAUGGCCCCACAAUCUCUCAGACAGCGGGGAAUGUCUCUGGACAGUCCCAUUGGCUAUGGACCUGGAGGCAUGGCCAAUAUGCCAUUCUGAUCCAGCUCACAUGAGCUUUAAAGAAAAAAGUGACCAGUAGGUUACAUUUCCAAUGCGUCCAAACUUUUUCAUCAGUGUAAUUCUUGCGGUUGUUUGAAAAGUGGAAUGUAAAAACAAUGCAUCAGUGAAAAUCUAAUCCAUUUUAGAUGACCGCUGAUCAGAAAUUUAAUAUUUAAAAGCACUGUAACAUGGUUCAAUAAGAAAUCUGAAGCCAUUUUCUAAAAUACUGUAAAAUAUGUAUAUUUCAAAGAUGUGUGUAUUUGUUGUGGGAACAGAGUGGCGGUCAGGAGAGGAGUGCCUCAAAUUUAUAUUUGUUUUAAUAUCACUGAUUUAUUUUCUGCAACUACCAAACUGUUGUGCAAAGGAGUUAUAUAUGUAUGUAUAUGUGCGUGUGUGUGUGUAUGUAUAUAUACAGUAUGUAUACACUCAUAUACAUACAUAUACACAUACAAUAUAUACUUGCUGUAUAUAAGAUGCAAUUUGUGAUUGCUUGCAGUUGUUCUGUAUAACUGUGUUUAAUAGAAGUCUAAAAAUAGAAUAAUAAUGAUCUCGAAGGGUU